CGUCACUCCCAGCGGGGAUAAAGCGCCCCCGCCCGGGUCGGAGCCAGGACGCUGCCCGGCGCGGAGUGGCUGCCCCGCGCGGGGACACUCAGAGCCUGGUGGGCAGGAGGAAGGCGACAUGCCCCAGACGGUGGUCCUCCCGGGCCCUGCGCCCUGGGGCUUCAGGCUCUCAGGGGGCAUAGACUUCAACCAGCCUUUGGUCAUCACCAGGAUUACACCAGGAAGCAAGGCAGCAGCUGCCAACCUGUGUCCUGGAGAUGUCAUCCUGGCUAUUGACGGCUUUGGGACAGAGUCCAUGACUCACGCUGAUGCGCAGGACAGGAUUAAAGCAGCAGCUCACCAGCUGUGUCUCAAAAUUGACAGGGCAGAAACUCGCCUGUGGUCUCCACAGGUAUCUGAAGAUGGGAAAGCUCAUCCUUUCAAAAUCAACUUAGAAUCAGAACCACAGGAUGUGAACUACUUUGAACACAAGCACAAUAUUCGGCCCAAACCUUUCAUAAUCCCGGGUCGAAGCAGCGAGCCCACAGCCUCGGUGCCCCCCGAGUCGGACGUGUACCGGAUGCUCCACGACAAUCGGAAUGAGCCCACACAGCCUCGCCAGUCGGGCUCCUUCAGAGUGCUCCAGGGAAUGGUGGACGAUGGCUCUGAUGACCGUCCGGCUGGAACGCGGAGCGUGAGAGCUCCGGUGACGAAAGUCCAUGGCGGUUCAGGCGGGGCACAGAGGAUGCCGCUCUGUGACAAAUGUGGGAGUGGCAUAGUCGGUGCAGUGGUGAAGGCACGGGAUAAGUACCGGCACCCCGAGUGCUUCGUGUGUGCUGACUGCAACCUCAACCUCAAGCAAAAGGGCUACUUCUUCAUAGAAGGGGAGCUGUACUGCGAAACCCACGCAAGAGCCCGCACAAAGCCUCCAGAGGGCUACGACACCGUCACUCUGUAUCCCAAAGCUUAAGUCUCUGCAGGCGGGGCACGCACGCACGCACCCAUGCACACUUACACAGGAAGGCGCCCAUGGCUUUGGGCAGAAGGAUUGUGCAGAUUGUCAACUCCAAAUCUGAAGUCAAGGCUUUAGACCUUUAUCCUGUUGUUUAUUGAGGAAAAGGAAUGGGAGGCAAACGCCUGCUAUGUGACAAAAACAUACACUUCACUAUGUUUUGCAACUCUUUUUGUCUGGGGCUAGCAAUAAUGAUAUUUAAAGCAAUAAUUUUUUGUAUGUCAUACUCCACAAUUUACAUGUACAUUACAGCCAUCAAACAUGUAAACAUCAAGAAAUUUGAAAUCUAAUUGUCUUUCCUUGACAAGUUGAUUUUGCAAUUGUGGUAAAUACCAAAUAACAAUCUUGUAUUCUAACAUAAUCUGCAGUUGUCUGUUUCUGUUUUAACGAUUACAUUGCAUGUUAGGGAGAAAGUCCCUGAAUUUCUUUAGUUUUGUAUUCAAACAAUUAUGCCACUGGAUGCAACAAACAUAAUAAAUACAUAAAAGAUUUUAAAAAUACCUAAUGAGGUGGCAUUCAUUGAAUUCAAAUAAAAUCAACAUUUCAAUGAGAGAACCCAAUCAUAUUUUAACACGUACACUAAUAAAGAUUUUAAGAUAAAUGUGGUUUCUUCAGGUUUUAUAACUCAUUACUCUUAUGAGCACAAAAUUUCUGAUGAUAGGAGAAGCACUGAAACUUGGUAAUUCAGUCUCUUUCAAAUUAAAAGUUUCACUUGCUUCAACAGAGUCUCUUUCAAUUUAAAUAUCUCUUUCAGAUCAAUAGUCAGAUUGAAGGUUCAAAGUCCAUCAUGGCUGUUUCUCAGGCUCAAUGGUUCACCACCACCUCCUCUUCCCAAGAUGGCAUCUCCAGGAGGAAACAAUUUAGAGGACUUCCUAAGGAGGGCAGGGGGUGGUGGUCUCCUGGGGUCCUGCUUGUAUCCACUGUUGAAAUCCUUGGUUUCACUUGUGAUCUAUGGUCUGUUUUCUUGACAUAGUUGGGGCCAGGCAAUAAUCCCACCUCCACUACCACCUCCAAAACUCUCAGCUUUCCUGGAGUCAUGGAUCAUCUGUCUGAGCCAUGCACUCCGCCUGGCCCUGGAGCAGGCAGCCUACCUUGCAGGCUCUGCACCGUGUGACCUUGCCUCUCGCCCAGGGUGGCCACAGGGGAAUGCCCCUGACUUGCAUCUCUCACCUGCUUUCCAUGUUCCCCACUGGGGACAUACAGGAACUUCUGAAACUGCUCCCUCAGGUUCAAACCAUGGGGAACCAGCAGGGUGAAGACCCUCAGACCUUGUCAUCUCUGCCAGACCAUGGUCAUCUCUGCCCCACUGUAGCUGCUGUCUUCUGGCCUGGAACGAGUGUUCUCCUCCCAUAAGGUCCCAACUGGGACACAAGUUGUAUUGCUCUGGGAUUCUCCCACACUUAACUGACUCUUUCUGACCCUAACCUGUUCAGGAUUUUGGCCACAUGAGAGGAGCCAAAACACAUGCCUGGCCCCUAUAGGCAUUUGACAUUGCAACUCCUGUGCCAACACACGCAUUCACUAACAGAGCUAUUAAAAAAAUAAAACAGACUUUUGAGAUCAAAGAAA